AUGGCUUCCACUGGGGAACUUCUGAAGGAACUGCAGAAUGAGAUCACCUGCAGCAUCUGCAGGGGCUACUUCUGUGAACCUGUCACCAUUGAGUGUGGGCACAAUUUUUGUCAAGCUUGUCUCUCCUCCAGCUGGAGAGUUGAAGCUUUAGCUUUCUCCUGUCCUGAAUGCCGGCGAGUUUCCCACCACAGAGAGAUCCCAAUAGUGAACAGGCGCCUAGCAGAGUUGACUGAGGUGGGCAAAGAGCUCAGUUCCAAGCUUAUGCAGAGCACUGAAGGACAGAGCCAGUGUGUCACUCACAAGAAACCCUUCAAGCUAUUCUGUGAAGAGGAUCAGACAGCACUGUGUGUGACAUGUUGUGAAACCCCAGAGCAUGGGGCUCACAAGAUCUCCCCCAUACAAGAGGCUGCUCACAAAUAUAAGAGGGAGCUCCAGCACAUUCGGAGUCUCCUGGGGAACCAUUUGGAGGAAGACGAACAACUUCUUGCUCAAGAGGAGAAACCUGCUGUUGACUGGAGCAGUUUGUUUUCAAGUGAAUGCUACAAAAUACUCAAUUUACGUUUGAAGGAGAAGAACCUAGAGUUACCUGAAAGGAUAAGCCAAGAGCACAAGGCCAACCAGGACAGACUAUCCCAGCACAUGCAAACCCUUCAGGACCUCAUGCUAGAGCUGCAGGCUCUAGCUCACCAACCCAAUGUGGAUCUGCUACAGGAUUCCAAGCAACUACUGAGAAGGGCCGAGGCUGUUUUGUCUCAAAGGGCCAGGGCUGUCACCCCAGAACUGAGAGAAUAUCCCAUCCCUGGUCUGAUCGAGAUACUCAACAGAUUCAGAGUGGAUCUCACCCUGGAUCCCACAUCAGCUGAUUCCUGUGUUUCCAUUUCUGGGGAUCUUAAGAGUGCCAAGGCUGAAGAGGACUGGCAGGUGGAGACCAAGCCUCCUGAGCACUUUCCUCUUCAUUAUGUCUUUGCUGAACAGGCCUUCAGCUCAGGCAGCCAGUACUGGGAGGUGGAUGUGACUCAACUUCCUCAGUGGGUCCUGGGGAUCUAUACUCCCUACUUGAAAAGUAGGAGAAGGAGGGGGAAGAAAGGGACCUGUACCUCUCUGUUCUUGCUUCAGUGUGUCAAGAAGGAAGAAGAUUACUAUUUGAGAACCUAUCCUGGGCCAUUGAACCAUCGAAUGAAAAGCUCUUUACCACGGGUUGGGAUGUACCUGAAAUAUUCCCCUGGCACUCUGGGCUUUUACAAUGUUCUCCAGCGUUCUCUUAUUUAUAAAUUCUAUUCUAUCCCCUUCACAGCCCCUGUCAAGCCCAUCUUUUCCCCUGGCCCCCCACUUCCAGGAACAAAGCCUGGUCCCAUGACUGUCUGUUCAGUGGACUCUCAUCUUUGUGCUUGCUGCCAUUCAUCUCAAUGA